GGCUCGAGUCGCCUGGCAGCUCCGCGCGAUCCGAGAUCAGCGGGCCAGACCGUUCUUGGCAUUCGCGCUCCUGGCAUGAGCAUGCAGGCAGUCAGCGGCACUGCCGCGCCGCAGCAGCGCGGUCACGCAGCUCCCGUGGGGAACCUGGGGCUCCAAUGCAGCUCUGGAGCGCUCUGCCAGUCGAUGGGGCCUACCGCAGUGCCGCCGAGCCACCACGCGGACGGGACGCCUGAGAGGCUCGUCUUCCCAUCGGAGGUGCCCGAGAGGAUCACGUCCCAGCCGACUGCCACAGCGCCCCGCGUGCCUCGCGGGGGGCUCUGUGGCUGCAUGCCAUCAACGAUGCGCUGUCCAUCGGACGCGGCGCUGUGCGACAUCAGUCAGCACGGCCGCUUCGCCUUGGUGCCGCCGGAGCUUUUCGACAGAGAUGACGAGGUGGAUGGGGAGGUGGAGGAGGGCGAGGACUUCCCAUCGAAGAUGACCCUCUAUCCCGACACGGACGACGACGGCGAGCCCCAGGUCAAGUUUGUAUGGGAGAUAUGGCCAGCGCCGCUACCGAAGCGCCACUACGCCCGCACCUCCACUGCGCUGCCUGGGCAGGCGUCGGCAUUGCCAGGCCCUGCCGCCUGCGCGAGGGCCAUCUCGAUGACGCGCCCCUGCGAGGCCAGGCAGCAGGUGGUUGGCCAGGCUGUGGCUGCUCCCGCGACGGCCACCAGGACACCGCCCCCGCGCAUCCACAAUGUCCCAGUGUCUAGGAAGGCCGUGGCCGUUUCGGCGACGGCCAUCAGUGUGGCGGUAUUCAAGACCCCCGUGACGGUCCCCACGGCCCAGGAGACCCAUGCCCAAGCUGCCCACGAGUGCAAGGCAAGCCAUACGCGUCGUCGCGCUUUCCAGCCCGGCAUCACCACCCUUGUCGUGCGCAACCUGCACACCUUCACCUCUCAGCAGGAGUUUCUCGACGAGGUCAACCGCAGUGGUUUCGCAGAGAAGUACGACUUUGCGUGGCUCCCGAGGACGGAACUUCAAGGACGGCUCCGGAAAAGGCCUCGCGUUCAUCAAUUUUAGGACUGCGUCGGCGGCAGGCGCCUUUGCAGGCGCGUGGCACGGCUCCAGGCGCCUUGGCAACCAGGACGAGACUGGCAAGGUCCGUCCUCUGAACGUGUCUUGCGCUUCUGUGCAGGGCUUCGACGCAAACCUGCGCAAGUGGAGCAGCGCACGGAUGACCCGCGUCAGAAAUCAAGAUUUCUUGCCUUUCGUCCUCAUGGGCGCAGAGCCAGAGCCGCAUGCACUGCAGUCAGAAGUUCCAGAGUCUGCCGACAUCGGCGAGACGAAACCCCGCUGAGUCCGCAGGGCCGCCGCCGACUGCAUCCGCCUGUGCCGAGGCCUCAUUUGCUGGUUUGAAGCUCUUUUGGCACAGCUGGCGCCACGGGAUGCCGACGAUUCGCCUUUCUUGGCGGAGGGAAAAGGAGGAGGAGGAAAACAGGAGGUUCAGGCGACGAGAAUAGUUGGGGGAGCCGCAACCGCAGGAUGACACGAACAGCUGCCGCAGAGCCUCGCCAAAUGUGCCUCGAUGACACCGAGUGCAUGAAUGCCUGCCGUCUUCGGUAGAAAUUGUUUCGUAAGCCCCCGUGCUUUUUCAACUGACUCCAUCGCCCCAGACGUUUGGUCGAAUGGCCCGAAUUCUGAGAGUCGUCAGUGGAUGCCAUUCAUGUUCCAGGGCCGAACGCAGCUAGGGGCGAUAGCUAGAAGAAUUCGAUCCGCAGGCCUGCGGAUCGCAUGCCCAAGGUCAAAAAGAAGCAACAGCGACAGCCAGCACUGGCUCGAGUCGCUAUCUGGAGCUCGGGCCGACGGGGAGCUGCUGUGCUGCAGGCUGCAGGUCGCCUGCAAGCACGGAUCUUGGCGGGACAUUUCUCCGAAGGCUUGCGCCGUUGUUUCUUCCCGCCUCCCUGCUCCUCGAGCGGCCCAGCAGUUCGUGCCUCACCAGCGUUUUCGCAUGCCUUCUCUGAGGCGCGGUAUGUCCGGCUCGCCCUCUCGGGCGUGCCGCGGACGGCGCCGCGGCGUCGCCCCCCUCCUUGGAGGAGGGGGGGCGAGCGUCGACGGGGGAGGGCGUGCUCGCGGGGCCAUCAAGAGCUCCCAGACGCUGCGACGCCCUCUCACUUCAGCACGUCCUCUGGCUCCCGCUCGUCGGCGCACGUGCCUCGGGCCACGGUGCGCCCCCCCCCCUCCUUCCCGGCCCCCGCUCUCGGCGCACCGAGAGAUUUGGACCGCUUUGGGCUCGGCGUGGCAUCGCUCGGACGUGUGCACGUUUCCUCCGGCGAGCGGUGCUCGCAACUGCAUAUGGUUAGGUCCUUCGGCAGGCUAGUUUUUGUUGUUGUUCUUGUUGUCAUGACGCGAGGGGGUCUGGGCCUCUUCGAGAUUCUGUCCGUCCGAGACGGCGUUCUAGCCUUCUUUCGACUGCGCACGUUCGCCUUUUCAAGGGGUGCCUGGAGACGGCAGCUCCACGCACCUGCCUAAUCGGGAUGCCUUCCCCGCAGCCUCGUCGGGGCCCUCUCCUCGGAGGCCCACGUUGGGUUGUAGGUCGCCGUGCGCAUUUUUUUUUUUUUUCUCUCUCUCUCUCUCUCUCUUUCUCUGCCCUCGCGGCUACGUUCGUCGGUGCGACUGGCAUGGGGGAGG